GUCCACGCCUACAUCAUCAGCUACCUGAAGAAGGAGAUGCCGUCUCUGUUCGGCCGGGAGAAGAAGAAGGAGGAGCUGAUCAUGAGGCUUCCAGAGAUCUACACCUUCCUGCAGAGAGAACAUCACAUCAGCCCUGGAGACUUCCCCAACGUCACCAAGAUGCAGGACAUGCUGCAGCACUACGACUUCAGCAAGUUUCCGUCCCUGAAGAUGAAGCUGAUCGAGUCGGUGGAUAAGAUGUUGGCCACUAAGAUCGCCGUCCUGAUGGCGAUGAUCCGGGAUGAGGAGUCCAAGCAGCCGCCCGCCAUGGUGUCCGGCGGCGCCUUCGAGGGCUCCCACGAUGGGCCCUUCGGCCAGGGCUACGGCGAGGGCAUCAGCGCCGGCGCCGACGCCGAGGACUGGAUCGUGAGCCGCGACAAGCACCGCUACGACGAGAUCUUCUUCACGCUGAUGCCCGUCAACGGGAAGAUCACCGGCGUCAACGCCAAGAAGGAGAUGAUGAACUCGCGGCUGCCCAACACCGUCCUGGGGAAGAUCUGGAAGCUGGCCGACUGCGACCACGACGGCAUGCUGGACGACGAGGAGUUCGCUCUGGCUCAGCACCUCAUCAAGAUCAAGCUGGAGGGAUACGAGCUGCCGGCCGAGCUGCCCCACCACCUGGUGCCCCCCGCCCACCGCAAGAACCCCACCGCCGACGCCCUGUACAACCACAGCGAGGACUAGCGGGGCGACAGGGACGGGAAACAGCCAUGACCGGACGGACGGACGGACGGACGGACGGACAGACAGCUGGCUGCAGGAGGUCAAACGUUCAACACCAAAACCACCAACAAACCAACAAACAUCGCCGAGACUUCACCUGUCGAACAUUUCAGCUGAAUUAAAGAAGAAAAGCAGCAAAACUUCUGGCUUCCGGUCGCCACGUUUCACUGAUUCUGCUUCAUUUAGUAUAAAACAGAAAAAUCCUCAUAUUUAACCUCCUUCACAAACUUCCUGCCUUAACUUUCCUUCAAACAACCACAACAUAAACCUCCUCUUAGAUUUAAAUGUCCAGCAUCUCUCCACUGUUUCUGUUCCAUUAAUUAGCUUUAGUUUGUCCAAAACACUGACACUUUGCUCUGCAUCGCUUCAUUUUUCUUAAAUUUCUGUUGAAAAUCCCUAAAAUUUGCAUCAACUUCUGCUGGCUGCCACUAAAGGAGUUUUAAUUUGCAGCAAUUUGAAUCUAAAACCAACAAACAUUCAGGAUUUUAACUUUUGUAUCAUCAAUUAUUCUGCUAAAGAACCACAAAACUGUCUACAAAGUGCAUCAUAAAGAAAUGAUAUUAUCUUUAAACACAAUAAAUACAAAGAAAAGCAGCAACUCUGGUUUAAAUUUUAAGAUAUUUAAUUGGUUUAAUAAACAACAAAUUAAAUCAAUUAAGCUCAUCUGUUUGGUCUAAAAUGUGAGAAAAUGUGGAUCAGCGUUUCCUCAAAAGUCUCAUUUAGUCCAAAAAUCUUCAGUUUUUUAGUCAUAAACCAGAAACUAUUCACACAGAAUUUACACUGUUACUGAAAUUGAUUAUCAGAAUAGAUGCCAAUUAGUUUAUUGGUUGAUGAUUAAUCAAUUAAUCGAUGCAGCUGGAGUUAUGAUAAACUAAAGGAAUAAACUGUUACUGUAGGAAGAAACGAACCAAAGAGCCUCUUAAACCGUCAGAAACAGGAUUAUGAAGAUAAACAAGUGGAAAAAGCAGAAUUUUCCUUUAAAUUGUCCUCAGAUUUCCAUCCUUUGUUUCCACAGCUGUGCCUUUUCAUUUCAGAGUCUCUCAGGACCAAACCAAAGGAUUUGAUUUCAGCAUUUGACUCGUGUCGUCACAUUUCAGGGCUUUAAUGCUGCAGCGCCUUCGGUUCUAUGACGGGACGGAUCCGUCCUCGAGGACUCAGCUUCACUCCAGUGCCUUUAACACGCAAAAACCCAAAUAUAUACGAAGCAGAAACUGUUUCUGUCCUUUUCAUAUCUGACCAGGUCUCCUAGAAAUUACAUUCACACGUUUCUGGAAUGUGGUGGAUCCUUUAAGUUCAUUUAAGCAAAAUUAAGCCUUGAGUCAUUCUUAAAAUGCUGUAGAAUCAAACAUCUGUGGUUCCACAGUCAAUAAAUAAACAUUUAAAUGAUAGAAAAUGUAAUUCUGGAGGACAAAGAAGUUGCAUUUCAGGGUUUUUCCUGCUCAGAAUGAGGCGUUCAGGGUGAUGUUUAACAGAAAUCUGCAUUUUCUUGUUGUUUCUGAUCAUUUUAUCAACAAAAAUGUCUAUUAUGCUUCAGUAAAUGAGUGUAAAGUUUAAUAUAAUGUUAAUCUGUGGCCUUAAAAACCUGUAGAUGAAGCAGGAGGAGCUCGGGGUGGAUGGAGGGCGAACACAAGUUCCCAUCUGAGGCAGGAAAAGUUCAGAAAAUCAGCUGGAAAUAAAGUUUCUGCAGGAAUAUAAAGUAUCCAACCUCCCAUCGACAGACAGAUCUACUUUGCUUCUCUGGUUCUGCAGUUAUUUUUAUGUUAAAUCCAUAGUCAGAUGGUAAAAUGUCUAAAAACUCAGAGUGCCGUCACAGUUUUCUGCUGUUAAAAAAAAUUUUUAGAUUCUGCUCUGAGCUUUAUCUGCCUUUUUUCAAAGUCUUAGAACGUCUUAAAUUAGAUUUUUUCAAUGUAAAAUCAAAAAAUGUUUCAUUUGUGGCUGCAAAAAGCUCCCAUGUAAGGUUUCUGUUUUUUAUUAUAUUAAAAUCUUGUUUCCUAUAAUUUAAAUAAACAUCUUGACUAUUAUGUUACAACAAAUUUAAAUGUGAUUUUUGCUUUUUGUUUGUUCUUUAGAGAUUUAUAAAUAGAACCUUUUUGAUGACCGAAACAUAACUUCUGUUCUGCUGUUUAUGUACCAAACAUUUCCUCUUUAUUUUCAUAUAAAUUGUACUCCAGCUGCACUGUGGUUUCCUUCCUUGCUCUUUGUGAGUAAAUGUAAUUUCUAGGAGCUCCAUGAGGGAACAUUUGUCCAUCAAGUCCAGAUUUACUGUAAGAAAAGGAAGCAGCAGCCGGUUGGUGGUUGAAAACAAGCUUCUCUCAGUCCGACUGUACAUUUCAUGAAAAGCUCAAAUACAGCCUUCAUUUAUCUGAAUGUAAAAGUUUUUAUUUUUUGAUCUGUUUUGUAUUCUUGUUGUUCAGAUGUGAAGCAGCUCAUCCUGUUAGCGGAGCUGCAAGCUAAUAAAGGUUAUUCAAUCCCCAACGUA